AUGGGCUGUUUUCCAUGCUUUGGAUCGUCAAAAAAGGAACAAAAUAAUGUCAGUGGUGUAAAAGAAGUGGAAAAGAAGGAGUCAUUUAAAGAAGGUUCAGUAGUUCAGUCUCGUAACCAUGUGAGCAGAACCAGUUCAGAUAAAUCAAAAGCUCGAAGUGGUAAUGAACCUAAGAAGGAAGCAGCAACUCCUGAAGAGCCACUAGCACGUAUAGCUGCACAAACAUUUACAUUUCGUGAGCUUGCAUCUGCAACGCAGAACUUUAGACCGGAGUGUUUGCUGGGUGAAGGUGGGUUUGGACAUGUUUACAAAGGUCGAUUGGAAAGCACAGGACAGGUGGUUGCUGUUAAACAGCUUGAUCGAAAUGGUCUUCAAGGGAAUAGAGAGUUUUUGGUGGAGGUUCUCAUGCUUAGCCUCUUACACCAUCCAAAUCUUGUCAACUUGAUAGGAUAUUGCGCUGAUGGUGAUCAACGGCUUCUUGUGUAUGAGUAUAUGCCAUUGGGAUCUCUAGAAGACCAUUUACAUGAUCUUCCACAGGAAAAAAAGCCUCUGGACUGGAAUACAAGAAUGAAGAUUGCUGCUGGGCGCAAGGCAAUUGAUAACAGGCGAGAUCCAGGCGAGCAGAAUCUUGUUGCAUGGGCAAGACCACUUUUCAGGGAUCGAAGAAAGUUUCCGAGGAUGGCCGAUCCUCUAUUGCAAGGCCGUUAUCCUAUGCGCGGACUUUAUCAAGCACUAGCAGUGGCUGCCAUGUGCCUACAAGAGCAAGCUGCUACACGACCCCUAAUUGGGGAUGUGGUUACUGCGUUGACAUAUCUAGCAUCCCAAGCAUACGACCCUAAUGAUCAUCCUCCCCAAAGUAAUAGAAUCGAUGCAUCCACUCCAAGGCAUCGGGAUGCACGAAGAAAUAUGUUUGUUGGAACUGAUAGCCUGGACGAGUCUGGACGCAACAGCCACCACGGUUCCCCUUCCAUCCACAAGAACUCACCAGAUUUCAGGAAGAGAGACUCUUUCAAGGAGUUCAAUAAUGGAGAGUUGCGGAGGAUUGAAACUGCUGGUGGAUCUGGCCGGAAAUGGGGUUUAGAUGAGCAGGAGCGUCCUGAUUCUCAAAGAGACAGUCCUGAUAGUGCAGGUAGAGGUAGAGAAACUCCAAGGAAUCGGGAUCUAGACAGAGAACGAGCAGUUGCCGAGGCAAAAGUGUGGGGUGAGAAUUGGAGAGGACGAAAGAGGGCGAACGAUGGUAUUAGUUUCGAUGGUACAAAUGAUUCGUUGCCCUAG